AAUGAAUUGUCAUCUUGUUAUAUCUCGACCUGUGUUAUUUCUUAUGUAUACCUCGCACCCCUUCCACCUGCCAGUCCAAUAGCUGGCCGCCAUCCCUCCAUCCACCCCAAUGCACCCAAAGUCCCCCUCGUAAUCACGAAGACCCUCAGCGACAGCUCUCAACAGCUACGUCCCAGAGUCUCAAACAUCUUUUCCAUUUCUCCUGCGAAACCACCCUGUUGCGCCUCAUUCCUAAUCACUGUGCACCAGAUCUGCAGCUCGAUCCAGCCCGCUCGGAAAGUGGCCACCCGUUCCCCUUCCCAGUCCGACAUCACGGUCGUACAGAUCCAAAAGACAAAGGCAUUGCCAGUGGCGCUGCCCCACAGUGAACAAAGAGUUUAGGCACAGCUUUGCGACUCAGAAGCGAAGAGCGGCAUGCAAGGCGGCCUGCCACCGCCAACAUAUAUUCAUGCGAGAGCAUCAUGGUCGGCACGAGGCCUAUGAGGAGCUUCGUGUACUUGGAGAUAAGCAACAUGCCUCAUUCCAGGUCAUAGUACUGGGCUCAUCUGGUGGACCACGGGAGGACAAUGUGACGGGACUUCUUGUCAGAACACCCCAGUCGGAAUGGCGAAAAAGUUCUGUGAUUGCGGUGGAUGCCGGCGCCCAUCUCGCGAGCAUCUCGCGGAUCCUUCAGAGAGAUAUGCCACCUACCUCCGACAAACUACCUCCAGCCGGAUAUGCCAAACGACUUGACCACGGCCCCUUUGCUGGGGUGACUUUUCCCCAUAUAUCUGCCAAAGCCAAUGCUCUUUACAUCUUUCGGGAACUCCUGCACGCCUUCCUCAUCACCCAUCCCCACCUCGAUCAUCUCUCUGCCAUGGCCAUCAACACGCCAGCACUCGAAUACGGGAGGGAAGCUAAAGCCAUCGUGGCACUCCCAUCCACCAUUGAAGCCAUCAAAACCCACAUCUUCAACGAUUCACUUUGGCCAAACUUGUCCGACGAAGGGCACGGGGUUGGCUUUGUCACGUACCGACGCUUGAUCGAGGGCGGCAACCCACGACUAGGCUCUGGAGAAUCAAGAGGCUAUGUCAAUGUCUGUGACGGUCUUGCCACAAAAUGUUGGGCUGUCAGUCAUGGCAAGUGCCACAGGCGAGCACAUAGCAUCAGCCAUCAGCAUAGUGAUUCAUUUGGGUGGAAUCAGGACUACAGCUUCCCCUCGAGGAGACUGUCGCGUAUAUCCGAUGACUACGGCUACUUCGCAGCCAUCUCUCAACACCAACCAUCAAGCGCCUAUCCUCAAGGACAAAUGCAGAUGAUGAAUCCUGGCCCAGUCACUCCAGGCGUGCUAGGGGUCGCUCCCGCUUCCGCCCAUAUCGACCCCAAUCACAACUUUGAGCCUGUCAACAGCUCUGCCUUCUUCAUCCGAAAUGACACCACAGGGCAUGAGCUGCUCAUCUUCGGUGAUAUCGAGCCCGACAGCGUCAGCAUGUCACCCAGAAAUCAUAUUAUCUGGGACGAUGCAGCCGGCAAAAUCGCAACCGGGCAUCUCAAGGCGAUCUUUAUCGAAUGCUCGUACGACGACAGCGUCCGAGACGCCGAUCUCUAUGGUCACCUCUGUCCGCGUCAUCUCAUCGCCGAGCUAACAUUUCUAGCCAAUUGCGUCAUCUCUAAACGUCGGCCAGCCUCUUCAGGACAGGCAAAUGCGUCUCCUGCCGGGCACAAUCUCGAUGAUCACGUCUUUGUCAGACCACAAGAGGCCUCGUCACCCGCCCAUAUGAGCAUGCGUCAGCCGCCGACCCCUGCAGAUUUGAAGCGCAAAAGGAAACGCACUGUGAACGGUGGUGAUCUUCAAACGACACAUGAGGGUGUUGCCGCCUCUUUGGAUCCCUCUAACUCUCCAUCCCAGUCGCUCUCAGGGUCAUAUGUCGGCAACCGGUCGAUCUCGGCUUCUCGGCGAAAGACAUCUCGCGAGGUCGGUGAGCCAUCUAGCAGUAGCUUUGAAACACCGGCUGUCCCCUCGACGCCUCGGGGGAAACUUGUACAAUUCCAACCGCUUUCAAUGCAUUCUGCGUCAGUUCAAGGCCAAGCUUUGUCUAUCACAACAACAGCACCGACCCCUGCGCUCAGGCUGGAUAAUCCGCUCGCUGGGAUUACUAUUCACCUGAUUCACAUUAAGGACACCCUCUUGGACGGGCCUUCUCCAGGCGAUGUGAUAUCAGCAGAGUGCAAAGCGUUGGGCGAGGAAGCAGGGUUGGGCUGUGAGUUUAAUGUAACAGAAUGCGGAAUGAGUAUUUGGAUAUGAUAACAGACGUUUGGUGAGCAGGGGCUUAUGUUCGAGGGAGUUUGUGACACAUGGCAUGAGUAGCUAUUCACAAAUGCUUGACAUGCCAUUUGAACCAUUUCAGAGAGACUAAUUGAAUGAAGGAGAUGUAAUCGGCGGAUGGAGCGCCUUGUUUUUCAGCAUGCUAGAUUCGUGGCAAGGUUCGCCACAUCAUGUCCGUGUAUGUUCUGAUCUCUUGGAAAUGUUUAGUAUGUUUAUGCUGGAAGCCAAGUCAUCAAAAAUUGAAACAAGACAAGCAGAUGUUCUCU